AUGCCCACCCCUAAUGGUGCUCCUGACUACUCAAAACCCACCUCGGCCUUGCUUCUUCCUGGGUUCAUCUUGAUCAACAACAUCGUCCCAAGGAAUGUAAGCCAGCUUAUCGACCUCAUUGAAGCUACGCCUACAGCCUUAUCUCCCCUCGCAGCCUCGACUCUCCCCGCCAUCGUACCCAACGACGGCCCUUCCACCCCGGAUAUCACUACUAAACCAUGCCUGCAUGAGGCAAUCAUAUUGCUCUAUAGCCAGAAGUCGAGGGAUGCACGUUGCGGUCAGAGCGCGCCUCCGCUACGCAAAGAAAUGGAGCGCCACUUGCGACCUCUUGGCCUCUAUCGUGACAUGGACGAUGAGAGACCUGGGGGUGUUAGGAUCUACUUUAUCAGCCACGUGGGUGGGCAUAAGUACUUGGCCAACGUUAUGAUCUAUCGCCGACACAAUGCCUUUGGCCGGGGCCAUGACUCGCAUCCGGGACAUCCUCAAGACAACAGCGAGAACGGAGCACAUGGACCGAGCGACUUUGGUGCGGCGCAGUGCAUCUGGUUAGCACGAAUUCGCCCGGAGGACUGCGAAAACUUGAUCCGGUAUACUGUUCUUCAAGGAAAGGUGGUGAAGCCGGACUAUCAACUGAGGGAUGGUUUUGAUCGUGGUAAAGGUGUCACUAGUUGGUGA